UCUUCUUUGCAAUUUCUCUACUAUUACUAUUACCAUCUCCUCCAUUGCCAUUAAUUUCUCUCUUCCAAAAAAUUCCCAAAUUUUCAAACCCAAUUAACAACGUUGUACAAUUCGAAUUAACAACGUUUUACUCUGUACUCUUGUUAUUGUUUUUUCUUACAAUCAAGUACUACUAAAUAUUAACUUGAUCAUCAAUAAUUGAAUUUAUGGAGAGUACUACCGAUUCAUCAACCGGUAAUCCGCCGCUGCAGCCGCCGCCGCCGCAGCCUCAGCUUCCGCCGGGCUUCCGCUUCCAUCCGACGGACGAAGAACUCGUCGUUCAUUACCUUAAGAAGAAAGCCGCGUCUGCUCCUCUUCCUGUUGAUAUUAUUGCUGAAGUUGAUCUUUAUAAGUUUGAUCCAUGGGAACUUCCUGCUAAGGCAACUUUUGGAGAACAAGAAUGGUAUUUUUUCAGUCCAAGGGAUCGGAAAUACCCUAAUGGAGCGAGGCCGAACCGAGCGGCGACGUCGGGUUACUGGAAGGCUACCGGAACCGACAAGCCGGUAUUGACCGCCGGCGGAAAUCAGAAAGUUGGGGUUAAAAAAGCUCUCGUCUUCUACGGCGGAAAACCACCGAAAGGAGUGAAGACUAAUUGGAUUAUGCAUGAAUAUAGGAUUACAGAAAAUAAAACCAAUAACAAGCCCCCUGGUUGUGAUAUUGCCAACAGAAAAGGAUCUUUGAGGUUAGAUGAUUGGGUUUUAUGUCGGAUUUACAAGAAAAAUAAUACACAAAGGCCAAUAGAUCAUCACGAGAGGGAUGAUAUGAAUGAUAUGAUGGGAUCAUCAAUACCAACAUGUAUAGCAACCUCAAUAUCUCCAUUUGAACAAAAUAUGUAUGAAGAAAUUAUUAAUAACAACACUAGCAAUAUGAUCAACAACAACGUUGGAUCCAUAUCGAGUAGUGUCCUCCCUCCAAAGCAGCCAUUGCCUGCAGGUUUGUACUGGAACGAAGAUCAUAACACGAGUUCUCCAUCUGCAAAAAGGUUCUUAGCAGAGAACUCAUUGGACGAUGAAUUAAACAUGAAUAUUACACGACCAGAUGAACAGAACAGUUUCUUGAGCCAACUUCCUCAAAAUCAAGUACUGGGAUCUCUUAGUGAUGGAGUCGUAUUUCGACAACCUUAUAAUCAAGUUACUGGCAUGAAUUGGUACUCGUAAAGAUGAACAAGAACAUUUGGAAGGUUGUCCUACGAAAUCAUCCAAUCAACCUUAUAUACCGAAUACCAUACUGAAAUAUAUGUUAAUGGAUCGAUCUCUUAUUGUUCGACUCAAGAAUUUUCACACUUUUGUAGCAGCAAAGCAGAUUAUGAUAAUCUACAGUUUUUUGGUUAGGUUGUAGAUGCUUGGUUUAAUUAACGUUCCAUACAUCUUUCGGUGAGUUUGUGAAUACAUAGAGAUGCUAAUUAAGAAUGAAAUGUUGUAAUCUUGCAUGUAUAGAAUUAGAACAUAUAUAGAAGUUUAAUUUACAUAAA